GAAAAGUACACAGAAGAUCUGAAAUACCAAGAUGGCUGACAGAAAUAAUUUAUCUGACUUAUCCCAGUGAAAUUUUUAAGGUUUAAUCAAACCCUGCGCGAUACAAUCCCAGAGAAAUGGGUUCUCUCGCGAGCAGGCAAAACGCUGGGGUGGAGGAAGUGGAUGUUUCCUCGAAUCAUGCUUACAAGUAUCCUCCACGAUCAGGAAAUUACUUUGGCUGCCACUUCAUCAUGGGUGGUGAGCGAUUUGACACACCUCAGCCAGAGGCUUAUCUUUUUGGCGAAAAUUCAGAUCUGAAUUUUUUAGGCAACAAACCUACGCCUUUCCCAUAUCCACCCCCUCAAGCAACUGAACCUACUAAGACAUUGAAGAGUAUGAUAAACAUAAGAAAAGAGUCUCUCCGGUUUGUCAGGGUAGGCUCAGCUGACAAUAUCAAUAAAGGAACGCCACAGGAUCCAAAAAACGAGGAGUCAAGCAGAUUUACCAUAGAGUUUACAUUUGACUGCGACUGCAAAUGUGCAAUCACUAUUCAUUAUUUGUGUCAGGAGGAACUCACUCCAUUGGGUGUUACGUACGCAUCAAGCAACCCUUCACUUUCUUCAGAGACUUUCCAUUACAAAAAAGGAUCUGGACAAACGUUCUGCCAGCCGUCUCAUUCAUUUAAUCCUUCUAUUCUUACGGAGGACCAGCUUAGCUAUAACAUGGAAAGAGAAAUUUGUCCAGUCGCCAUCCAUUGUGUUGCUGAAGAGCCCGCUGAUGAACCCAGACAGUCACACACGACCAUUGCUGUAAUUGACAGACAUCCUGAUGGGACUUUUGGUCUGCGUGCAUUUAAACAGAAAAUCUACGUAGAUGGACUUUGCUAUUUGCUGCAGGAAAUUUAUGGCAUUGAGAACAAAAACAACGAAAACAAGGGUUCAAUUGAUACUGAUACCGAAGACAAUGGAAGUGAAUGUGUGAUUUGUAUGUGUGACGGGCGCGACACUUUGAUCCUGCCCUGCCGUCACCUCUGCUUGUGUAACAACUGUGCGGACUCGCUGCGGUAUCAGGCCAACAACUGCCCCAUUUGCAGAGCACCUUUUAGGGCACUCCUCCAAAUAAGGGCUUUGCAGAAGACAAAUAGCUCAACUCUUCCAAUCGCGUCUGCAGUCACUGGCAACAAUGAGAGCACACUUGCCGCUGUUCCUGCUGGAUUUGAAGCUGUGUCUUUGAUUGAGGCCCUGAAUGGACCAUCUCAGCCAAGCAGACCGGUGCAUCCACCUCUACUUUCCAAGAGAGACAGAGCAGCUCCUACCGAAAUUGAAGUUGCUUCUGCUACUCAAGCGGCUGAAAUGCUGAACAAAUCAAAUUUAGAUCUCCAGCAUUCUAGAUCAGGAGAUUUCAAGGAAAAACUGAGCCCAUCUUCAGAUGGUCCAAUUUCAGAGUUUCGAACAGCUGGUUCGGCAUUGCGUGACAAAGAUUUGGCGUUAGAAUCAAAAGAGUGCAGGAAAGCCACAUCUCCCACAUCUAGUUCGGCUGCCAAGCGCCCAUCUCGAAAGGAAAAAUUGGUGAAAAGCAGGGACAAAGUGAGAGUCGUCAAUGAAAAGAACGAGAGUGGAGAUAUUUCGGACAAUGAAGCAGACAGCGAAGCAGAAAAGCUGUCUCCGCUGUUAGAUGCUAGCACAAGUACUGACCCAAUUGUUUGCGCCAGUCCCGUCCAGAGCCCAAGAGGCGAGAAGCCAAGCAGGAGUACUCUCAACGCAUGCCACCCAGCUGUUCACGGGGCUCAAGGGUGCGCUUCGGCUGAUGAAACUGAUUACUACAACACUGAGGACAAAAUUCCCAGCGCUGCAGAAAAGGCUGAAGCUCGGGCUGUGGCACCUGCAAUAUCUGCUGGUAACACGCCGAUCCGAACUCCAGGAACUCCUCUGAGCGCAGCGACAAGUCACAGAUCCAGCGGUGACAGUUUUAGCUCCAGUAGCUCUACUCGGCAGUUGCUGCCACCAGUCUUGAUUGCUGGAGCGACUUCUGCAAAUGCAAACACAACAGGACAGCCCCCUGAAUCGUCCAAGUCUUUGGAUGAUAUUGCUAUGGUGUGAUUUCGAUGAUUCCUCUCUAUUGACCCAAAUGGACUCUGAUCCCGUUUGGAAUGGUUACUUCCGUGAUUUAAUUAAGCUUCAUUAUUCGAUAUAAUUAGGAUUUAGUAUGAUCUGAGAUUGAAAGCAUUUGAUAUUAUUGAAAAGUUAAAAAUCAAUGGCUAGAGUUAAGAAUGUUAAUUUAUCAACUCUUUUGUCCAAUGUAUAAAGAUUUAUUUUUUGUACCUUACUAAAACUACAAGUUAAGCGUAAUUCAGUUGUACUACAAAAGCCACUUGAAGAGAAACUUGAAUUGCCUCUCUGUGCUCCGGUAAAGAUUUAAAAAAGCUAUCAGACGUUUCCAAGAUAAUAUAAUAUGCUAACUCAUGCUGGCUUGCAGCGUUUUAUAGAACCAGAAAAUUAAUGGUACCAGCAACAGAGAUAAGCCGAGAAUCAUGUCAAGAUAGCGUAAUUAUUCUUUUUCUAUUCAUUGUCAGCACAAUUGAAUUGCACCCUUGGAAAACUAUAAUUUAUAUGCGUCUUGAUUGAUAUUAUGUUACGAUUAUGCGGCAGAAAUUAGAUACUUCCAAAUAAUAAUGCUGAUUUUAAUCACUACA